GAGGCUAUGAAGUACAAACGCCCUCUGCCCGCUUGUUAUACGGGAGACCUACACAAUGUCUUUUGUCGAUGCCCGCUCACCUCAUGCUUCAGGCAUGGCGUGUCCACAAUAGGGGCGUAUAUCUGUCAAGUUGCUCACUGUUUCAGUUCAUUUUUCCGUUCUGCUCUUUCGUGCCUCUCCCUAUGCCUUCCAUACUGACUCUCUGCAAGUUUCGUUUGCAAUACCUCCGUCGGCAGAAGCGAUCUGAGGUGGUCGCUAAUCCAGAAGUCGAUGCGGUGCGCAAUGCGCUGACACGACUGACAAAAACGACAACCCCUCCCUUUAGAAAGGUCUGUUUUCAACGUUAUUCAUACACAACAUACGCGCAGAAGCAGAAGGAUAUCGUCAACUUUGACAGGCGUUCGGCACGGAAAUGCAGUCAUUUCUUCAUAUUCUUACUCGGUAUCUUGCGGAGAAGAAGAAAGGCCAGAAUCUUGAGUGGGAUCGUAUCAGAUCCCCUGCAGAAGGGCAAAUAGUUCCCUAUGAUCGGUUAUGCAACUCUGUUGAUCCUAAGGCCUUGAACAAGCUUGCCGUAUUAAAAGUCAACGGCGGACUUGGUACUUCGAUGGGAAUGGCUGGGGCCAAAAGUGCUCUUGUAGUGAAAGACGACAUGACUUUCUUAGAUCUCACGGUUCGCCAGAUUGAGCAUCUCAAUACUACCCACCAAGUGGAUGUUCCCCUGAUUUUAAUGACUUCAUUCAAUACAUAUGAAGACACCCUCCGUAUAAUUAAGAAGUACGCGAACCAAAAGCAACGCAUUACUACUUUCAACCAGUCGAGAUACCCAAGGAUCUCAAAGGACACCCUUUUACCAUGCCCCAAGCAUGUAGAUGAUGACAAGCAACUGUGGUAUCCUCCUGGCCACGGAGAUUUGUACUGUGCGUUGAUGCAUUCAGGAGUAUUGGAUCAGCUUCUGCGCGAAGGCAAAGAGUACUUGUUUGUAUCCAACUCCGAUAACCUGGGUGCUGUCGUCGAUCAGGUUAUCUUGCAGCACAUGAUCGAUAGCCAAGCUGAAUUUCUGAUGGAAGUAACAGAAAAGACAAAGGCAGAUGUAAAGGGAGGCACUCUCGUCGACUAUGAUGGAUCUAUUCGCCUUCUUGAACUUGCGCAGGUUCCAUCUGAGCACGUGGAAGACUUUAAAUCCAUGCGAAAAUUCAAGAUUUUCAACACGAAUAACCUGUGGAUCAAUCUCAAAGCUUUGAAGCGAAUUCUGGACACUGGGACCAUGGACUUAGAUAUCAUCGUCAACCCAAAGGUCACAGACGAUGGUCGGUCUGUCAUCCAGCUCGAAACCGCUGCUGGAGCUGCCAUAAAACAUUUUCGCAAUGCUCACGGUGUCAAUGUCCCCCGUUCACGCUUCCUCCCUGUGAAGUCUUGCUCUGACCUCUUUCUCAUAAAGAGUGAUAUAUACUCGCUCAAACAUGGUCACUUAAUCAUGAAUGAAGAGAGAAUGUUUGAGAACAUACCAGUAAUCAAAUUAGGGGACCACUUCAAAAAGGCAAUUCUUUACUUAUCCGAUAAAUUGUUGACACUUACCCCUUCAAAGAUUCAACAAUUCCAAGCACGAUUCAAGAAUAUCCCAAAUAUCGUUGAUCUCGACCAUCUUACUGUUACGGGUGAUGUUCAUUUCGGGCGGAAUGUUAUUUUGCGCGGAACCGUAAUCGUUGUAGCCAAUGAAGGACAGAGGAUCGAAAUACCGGACGGAACUGUGCUGGAGAAUCGUUUGCUUGCUGGAAAUUUCGAAAUGACCGAACUAUAAUGUGAACGCGCGUAUUAAAUUUCUCUCGCACAGAAGAUCAGCACCUUGCGUGUACGGACCAUGUUUCACUCUUGUGUACAUGAAUCUUCUACUUUGUCGUUUAUGCAAGAAGCCAACCAAGCUUUGGAUCUUGCCCGUCCCUGGCUGCAGGUUCGAUGGAACCAUAGGUUCCCAUGCGAUGUCCUGUUGCUGAUGGGUCCGUGUUCAAAUACUGCGUGAGAUGGACAUGGCGAUUGCCCUUGUACGGAAA